AUGGCGGCGGAGCUCAGGAAAACCUCCCCUGACUCUACGCCGCGUUCAGCCCUCUCUGUCCCCAAAACACUGCUGCGAUGGAGGCUGAUCCUUCUCCUCUGCGUCCUGGCCGUGGACUCCGCCCGGGCCACGACUCACUGGGUGGUCACAGAGGACGGCAAGAUCCAGCAGCAGGUGGACUCCCCUUUGAACCUGAAGCAUCCUCAUGAUGUAGUGAUCUUCAUGAGACAAGAGGCUCGUGUCAACUACCUCAAAAAACUGGAGAAGCAGCUGGUGGCUCAGAAGAUCCACAUCGAGGAGAAUGAGGACCGCGACACAGGGCUGGAGCAGAGGCACUACAAGGAGGACGCAGACUGUGUUCUGGCCAAGGUCCCUCUGGGAGACCUGGACCUGUACGAUGGGACCUACAUCUCCCUGGAGAGCAAGCACAUCAGUCCUGAAGAUUACGUGGACUCUCGCUCGUCUCUCCCUCCGGACCUGCAAACUCCAGACUGCACCAGAGUCUUUGAUCUCCCCUACAGCAUCCACGCCUUCCAGCACCUGAGGGGAGUACAGGAGCGCGCUAACCUCACGUCGCCGCUGCUUUCAAAAGACGACCCAAUUUUUCACUCUUUAUCUAAAAAGUUGGGCCGCAGUAUCGGCGAAGUGGGUCAUCGCAUCCAUCUCGCUCUGCAGAGGAAUUCAUCAUCAUGGGUGCUUUACAACAUGGCCUCGUUCUUUUGGAGGAUUAAGAACGAGCCUCAGAAAGCCGUGGACUGUGUAGUCCGUGCGCUGCACUUCUCCCCCAGACAGCACAAAGACGUGGCGCUGGUGAACAUGGCCAUCAUCUUGCACCGCGCUCACUACUCCGCUGACGCCGCCAUCCUGGCCCACGCUGCUCUCGACCUGACCUCUGACCUCUUCACCAGCCACUACACGCUGGGCAACAUUUAUGCGAUGCUGGGCGAGUACAACCACUCGGUGCUGUGUUACGAGCAGGCGCUGCAGACGCUGCCGGACUUUGAGCCCGCCAUCAGGAGGAAACACGCAGUGCUCUGUCAGCAGAAGCUGGAGCAGCGCCUUGAGGCUCAACACAGAUCUCUGCAGCGAACACUAAAUGAGCUGAAAGAAUACCAGAAGCAACACGACCACUACCUCCGCCAGCAGGAGGCGCUAGACAAACACAAGCUGCUGCAGGAAGAGCAGAUACUGAGGAACAUUAUUCAUGAGACGCAGAUGGCCAAGGAAGCCCAGCUCGGAAACCACCAGAUGUGUGGUUUGGGACAGCAGCAGCGCAGCCUCCACUGUCCCUUCGAUCUUCCCGUGCGCUACCACCGCGGAGACCUGUUUGAACAUGUGCAUUCAGUGCAAUUUGGGGAGGAGGUCUCUGUGGCCUCCAGUGUGGCGCUAGUGUCCGAACACGGCUCAAACCAGAGCGUCCCGUCUCCAUGGCUACACCGCUCCAUCAGCAGAGAGCAGGACCCGGCCGGUGCACUGUGGGCCGGCCAGCCUCACACACAGGACAUGCAGAAAACCCUGUGGCCGCAGAGAUCUGACUGUGCCUCUCAGUUCCCGGUGGUGCCCUCUGCUGGAGAACUGCCCACCUUCUACAUUCCUCCUGAAACGCUCAGCCCGGUGUCCAGUGCUCUGUAUGAAGGCGCCCCCCCACAGAGCUCCGCGGUCCCAGACUGUGGCCCUGUGUUCCAACCCUAUCCCUCUGCUCUGCCUGCCUCUCUGGACUGGCCCCUGGAGGGGACUCAGCAGCCGGAUCCUUAUGCUGCACAGAUUUUACAACUGCGCAGUGGCGGCUGGACCCUGGAGCAGGUCGGCAAUAGAAUCGCUCAAGCUUUAAAAGAAUCCUCCGCAGCCCCUCGCUGGCUGCUCCUGAAUGAGGCCGCUCUGUUUUGGCGUGCUAAAGGAAACGGCAGCCGCGCCCUGCAGUGCCUGAGGAAGGGGCUGAGCUCGGCGCCCCCGGCUCACCGCGCCCUGGGCCUCACCAACGCCGCCAACCUGCUCCUGCACCACGGCCUCACCUCCUCCGCUCACUCUCUCCUGGAGCAGUCGCUGGCUCUCAACGCCUCCGAGCCGCACUCGCUCCUGAGCAUGGUGGUGGUGCACGUGGCCCAGGGGAACAUCACGGGCGCCCUGGAGCUGUUCCGCUCGGCCCUGGCCACAGCUCUUGCCUCCUCGGUCGCCUCCUCCUCCUUCUCCUCUUGUGGCCAGUGCGUGAGCAGCCUGGCCCUGCUCCGCUGUCUGCAGUUCUACCCUUUCCUCUACGACCUCUCGCACAGCCACUUCUGCUCACAGGGAGGGGUGUGUCUGGCAGAGGAGGACCUGGGCAUCCAGCUGGAGGAGUGGGAGUCCAGUGAGGAGAGAGCAGACUCCCAGAGCACCGCGGAUCUGGACGACUCACUGCUCUUUGAAAAGGUCAUCAUGGACAGUAAUGGCUCAGAGGAGGUGGGGGCCCCGCAGCAGAAGGCCUCCCCUGGGCUGGGGGCCGUGCCCAUGGGUGCCGUCUCUGAGGGGGAGGAGGAGUGGCAGCUGAAAGAGGAACUGAUGGGGGCCUUUGAGGGGGCUCUGGACGCCAGCGGCAAACGAAGCGACCUGCGCGGCAUCCGGGUCCUGAAGACUGAGCGGGCGGCAGGGGCCCCCUGCUUUGGAAACUGUGAGGACGACGAGGGCGCCGAGUGGAUCACGUUCCAGGUGAAGCGAGUGAAGAAGGCCAAGGCUGAGAGCUCAGAGGGAGCAGGGGGCUACGACGAGGGUCCGACCUCAGAGGCUCUGCCCGGACAGUCGGUGUUAGAGAUCAGCGGACCCACCAUCCCCUCGCCAGGACCCUCCGGCCGUUGGAGGGACUAUCACAGUCUGGGCUGGCCUGGUCCAGAGGAGUGCCAGAGGACCCGCCGAGUGGACCUCACUACGGUGCCAAGCACCUGGCUCGCUGUGUCGGCCAAGAACAUAGACAUCACAGAGCACAUAGACUUCGGCACUGCGCUCCAGGAGCCUGCUGCGGAGCCCCUCUGUAACGCUAACCUGGCAGCUAGCAUGCACACGCUGGACCACCUGGGGGGCGUGGCCAACCGCGGCGCCAUCCACUACACCGGGGAGAGCCAGCUCAGAGAGGUGCUGCAGAACCUGGGGAAGGACAAGUUCCCCCCUCAGUCCUUUGAGCAGGUGGGGACGCGCAUCGCUAAAGUGCUGGAGCGGGGGAAGAAGAGGGAAGAAGGGGAAGAAGAGGAAGAAGGAGAAGGGGAAGAAGAGGAAGAAGGGAAAGAAGAGGAAGAAGGGGAAGAAGAGGAAGAAGAGGAAGAAGAGGAAGAAGAGGAAGAAGGGGAAGAAGAGGGAAGAAGUGGAAUAAGAUGA